AUGUCUAUCCCUACCGAGCAAUGGGCCCAGGUCGUCGAGAAGACUGGUGGACCCUCUGUCUACAAGAAGAUCCCCGUUGCUAAGCCCGGCCCCGAUGAGAUCCUCGUCAACGUCAAGUUCUCCGGUGUUUGCCACACUGACUACCAUGCUAUGAUGGGUGACUGGCCUCUGGCCACCAAGCUGCCUCUUGUCGGUGGCCACGAGGGUGCCGGUGUCGUUGUCGCUCGCGGUGAACUUGUCAGCGAUGUUGAGAUCGGCGACCACGUCGGUAUUAAGUGGAUCAACGGAUCUUGCCUCCAGUGCGCUUACUGCCAGCGCUCCGAUGAGCCUCUCUGCGCCAAGGCUCUUCUCUCCGGUUACACCGUCGACGGCUCUUUCCAGCAGUACGCCGUCGCCAAGGCUGCUCACGUUGCCCGCAUCCCCAAGGAGUGCGACCUUGAGGCCAUUGCUCCUAUUCUCUGCGCUGGUAUCACUGUCUACAAGGGUCUCAAGGAGUCCGGUGCCAAGCCUGGCGACACCGUCGCCAUUGUUGGUGCUGGUGGUGGUCUCGGCUCUCUGGCUGUUCAGUACGCCAAGGCCAUGGGCCUCCACGCCAUUGCCAUCGACGGUGGCAACGAGAAGGGCGAGCUCACCAAGAAGCUCGGAGCUACCGCCUACGUUGACUUCAUGUCCUCCAAGGACCUGGUCGCCGAUGUCCGCGCCGCCACUCCCGAUGGUCUCGGCCCCUCCGCCGCCAUCCUCGUCGCCGUCACUGAGAAGCCCUUCCAGCAGGCUACCCAGUACGUCCGCUCUCGCGGUGUUGUCGUCUGCAUUGGUCUCCCCGCCAAUGCCAAGAUCAGCGCACCUGUCUUCGACACUGUCGUCCGCAUGAUCAACAUCAAGGGCAGCUACGUCGGUAACCGUGCCGAUUCCGCUGAGGCCAUUGACUUCUACCGCCGCGGUCUCAUCACCGUCCCCUUCAAGACUGUCGGCCUCAGCCAGCUCCAGGAGGUCUACGACCUCAUGAUUGCAGGCAAGAUUGCCGGUCGCUACGUCGUCGACACCAGCCGAUAA